UGUUUAAUUAUCGACAAGUAAUUUUUCUUUAAAAACUAAGAAAAUACGAAACAAUAUAAGUCUAUUGGAUUGCUGAUUUGCAGUCAAUCCCGCAAUCUGUGUGAAAUAUGUAGUACUGUCAACAUGGAGUUAAUAAGAAUCCUUGCAUACUUUAUUUUCGGAAGUUUCCUGCUCAUAUAUUUGGCAUUGAAGAGAAACAACUCCUAUUUUAGUAAACGUGGUAUAUUGCAUGAUAAACCAGAACUCUUUUACGGCAAUGUCAAGGAGUUUACGCGAUCCAAAACAUUAUAUCAAAUUAUUCGUGAAUAUUAUAUGAAAUAUAAAGGAACUGGGAGAUUCGUUGGAAUAUAUUUAUAUAUCCGAAAAGUGGUGAUGUUAUUAGAUCUUGAUUUAAUUCAAGAUAUAUUAGUUAAGGAUUUUGGAAAUUUUACUGAUCACGGACAUUACUACAACGAAAAAGAUGAUCCAAUUUCUGCACACUUGGCAAAUUUGGAUGGUAUACGGUGGAAAACAAUGCGAGCGAAAUUAACUCCAGCUUUCACAUCUGGAAAAAUUAAAUUCAUGCUUGCUUCAGUAGUCGACAUUGCAAAUCAGUUAGUUAAUGUUUUGGAAGAAACGUUAAGUUCAACGAAUAUGGAUGAUGGAGUUCAUUGUGAUGAUCUUAUGGUACGGUAUACAACUGAUGUUACUGGAAGUGGUGUAUUCGGUUUAAAAUGUAAUAAUUUAAGAAACCCGAAUUGUGAAUUUAUAGCAAUCACCAAAAAGCUUUGCUAUUAUAGACAUAGUUGGCCUAUUGUGGCAUUAAUGACUUUAUUUCCAAAUUUGUUUCGAAAGCUAAAAUUUAAAUAUAUUAAUGAAGAAGUUUCUCUAUUCUUUUUACGUGUUGUUCGUGAAACUGUGGAAUUUCGGGAUCAAAAUGGUGAACAACGAAAAGAUUUUCUUAACAUUCUCAUGGAGUUAAGAAAACCAAAUACUGUAGAUAAUUUGACAAUCGAUGAGAUAGCUGCACAAGCAUUUGCAUUCUUUGCAGCAGGUUAUGAAACAAGUGCUAGUGCACUUAGUUUCUGCUUAUAUGAAUUGGCAUUAAAUCAAGACAUACAGGAUAAGGCCAGAAGAGAAAUAACUGAAACCAUUGCUCGGCAUGAUGGAAAGCUAACUUAUGAAACAGUAAAUGAAAUGAAAUAUUUACUUCAAGUUAUGCAUGAAACUAUGCGUAUGUAUUCAAUAGUGCCGUUUCUUUCCCGCAAAACCGCAGAAGACUAUAUUGUUUCUAAUACAAAUUAUGUUAUUGAAAAAGGAACUACUGUAAUUAUACCAAUGGAUGCCAUACACCAUGAUCCAGAUAUAUAUCCAAAUCCUGAACAAUUUGAUCCAGAACGAUUUACGAAGACAGAAGUCGAAAAUCGUCAUCCAAUGGGAUGGUUGGGGUUUAGCAGAGGAGGUCGAGCAUGUAUUGGUUCUAGAUAUGCAGAAUUUCAGGUGUUGAUUGGAUUAUCUUCCUUGCUUAAAAAUUUUCGAUUUUCACCUUCACACAAGACCCAGAUACCAAUGAAGUUUAAUAUGUACAAAAUGUGUCGAGGUCCUGAAAAGGGAGUUUAUUUGAAAGUGGAAAAAUUAUGAAAGAUGAUUUGAAUAAAAUUCGUUGGGCCAAAUUACAAUAGGUAAAGUAGAUUAAAUUGAGAAUGGAAAAGUGUUUGAAAAUAAUUUUAA